UGAAGCGGAAGCCAUUACUCUUGGGAGGUAUUUGGAGAGUGAGACACAUGGGUAAAGGAGAGGUGUCCCGCGCCUCCCUUCUACCUGGUGGGCACCUUCUACCUUCCCGCUGCGUAUGGGUCUUUCCACACGAGUUUCUCGUCCCUCAGCGGCGGCUUCCGAGACCUCCGUUCCCCUGGCUUGUAUCCCCAUCCUCCCCUGACAAACACUAUUCAACUUUCUGUCUCUAUGAGUGUGAUCACCCUGGAAACUCAUGCACCAGCUUGGAGAGUCCCACGCGAGCAGGACAGUAGCUUCCUGGCGUGCUUUGUGCCACACUGACAUUGCUCUCCUAGGAUGGCAGCUUCCCGCCUGUUUUCCACGAGUGGACCCUGCUUGUCUCCAAGAGUCAGCGUUCCCUCCCUCAAAGCACCAUUCCUGUUCCCAGGACCUGUGCCUGCUUCCGUGCCAUGCGCUGGUGCCUCACAUGCCCGCCGGGGAUUCUAAUCAGGAGUCCGUGACCUUCCAGGAUGUGGCUGUGGACUUUACUGAGAAGGAGUGGCCCCUCCUGGAUCCCUCUCAGAGGAAGCUGUACAGAGAUGUUAUGCUGGAGAACUAUAACAACUUGACCUCACUGGGGUAUCAGGUUGGCAAACCCAGCCUCAUCUCUCACCUGGAGCAAGAGGAGGAGCCACGGACUGAGGAGAUGGGCACUCCACAAGGGGCCUGUCCAGAUUGGGAAACUCCAUCUAAAACUAAGUGGACAAUUCUCAUGGAAGAUAUAUUUGGGAAUGAAACAUCCAGUGGCAUGAUGAUGGACAGAGCUCACCUUGAGAAGCCCGUGGAAUAUGAGCGCUUGUUUGAGGUCUUCAGCAUGGGCACUCACCUCUCGCCGCAGAUGGGCCACGUGGGCAAGAGGCCCUAUUCCCGCCAGGGCUAUGGGGUGACCUUCAGGAGCAGGAUGCACCUCUCUCAGCACGUGAGCGUGUACGACAGGCGGAAGAUGCACGAGUGUCACCAGUGCCAGAAAGCUUUUACCACCAGUGCGUCCCUCACGCGCCACCGGCGGAUCCACACUGGGGAGAAGCCCUACGAGUGCCGGGACUGCGGGAAGGCCUUCAACGAUCCGUCGGCUCUCCGCAGCCACUCACGAACCCACCUCAAGGAGAAGCCCUUUGACUGCAGCCAGUGCGGCAACGCCUUCCGCACACUGUCUGCCCUGAAGAUCCACAUGCGGGUGCACACGGGCGAGCGGCCCUACAAGUGCGACGAGUGUGGCAAGGCCUAUGGCCGCAGCUGCCACCUGAUUGCGCACAAGCGCUCACACACCGGGGAGCGGCCCUACGAGUGCAGGGACUGCGGUAAGGCCUUCCAGCACCCCUCGCACCUCAAGGAGCAUGUGCGCAACCACACCGGGGAGAAGCCCUAUGCAUGCGUGCUGUGUGGCAAGGCCUUCCGCUGGAAGUCCAACUUCAACCUGCACAAGAAGAACCACACUGUGGAGAAGACCUACACUUGCAAGGAGUGCGGCAAGGCCUUCGGGGACCUGGUGUCGCGCCGGAAGCACAUGAGGACUCACAUUGUGAAAAAGCCUGUGGAGUGUUGCCAAUGCGGGAAAGCCUUCCGCAACCAGUCUAUCCUGAAGACGCACAUGAACUCCCAUACUGGUGAGAAACCUUACGGCUGCGACCUGUGUGGCAAGGCCUUCAGCGCCAGCUCAAACCUUACUGCGCACCGCAAGAUUCACACACAGGAGAGGCACUACGAGUGUGCAGCCUGUGGCAAGGUCUUUGGCGAUUACCUGUCCCGCAGGCGACACAUGAGCGUGCACCUGGUGAAGAAGCGGGUUGAGUGCCGCCAGUGUGGCAAGGCCUUCCGAAACCAGUCCACCCUCAAGACACACAUGCGUAGCCACACAGGCGAGAAGCCCUAUGAAUGCGAUCACUGCGGCAAGGCCUUCAGCAUUGGCUCCAACCUCAACGUACACCGGCGAAUCCACACUGGCGAGAAGCCCUACGAGUGCCUGGCCUGUGGGAAGGCCUUCAGUGACCACUCAUCCCUGCGGAGCCAUGUUAAAACUCAUCGCGGAGAGAAACUCUUUGCCUCCUCUGUGUGGAAGAGGCUGCAGUGAGUGCUCAGACCAGAGGCAGCUGCAGUGGCAUGAGGAAGGUGGGAGCCCUUGGUAGAGCCUGAUGUGGCCAGUAUCCAUGAUCCCAGCACUUGGGUAGCUGAGGCCGGAGGGUUGUGAGUUUGAGGCCAGCCUGAAUGACAUAGUUGUAAGAUCAUGUCUUGGCCAAAGCAAGCAAGACAGAAGGCACAUGGGAUUCAAACAUCCAGCUUGUGCAAAGCUUGUAAGACCUGAGCUAUUUCAUAUGGGCUAUUGGUUGGAGGAUGAGGAUAUGUAUUUGCCCUAGAGUCAGCUUUCAGUACCUCAAGCUCUUAUAUAUCAAUAAGGAGAGAGAAACCCCAGCUUGGCACUGGAUGUCAGUAAUGGCACAGAAUAGAGAAUCUCUGUCAGAGUGGCCACUGGGGAAGCCAAUUCUUGAUCUCUCUGUUCCUCCAGCAAGAUCACCAGAGUAAAAAAGCUACCAAGUGUGAAAUAUGAGGAAGUCUACAGAAGCAGGAAGCAGACCACACCUGCUUGUCAGAUUUUUGUAUGGCUGGCAAGCAAAGCCUCAUUCUGUUUCCAAAGAGGAUGCACGCAACAGAGAUGGCCAGUGGUCCUUAAUGCCUAUACACUUGCUACUGACUGGAAAGCUUGGCCUGUCCUUGGUCUAUAGCCUGGCUCUUACCUGCAGAAGUUUUGCCAUCCAAGGGAGGUUUGCCAGUGCAUGAGAUAGUUUUGGGUGAAGCAUGAGGGCAUGGUGCUCCCACUACGCUGCAGCAAGGCAUCAGGGUGCUGCUGAAUUUCCUGCCACCCACACGAGCCCCCGAUGUCGUGAAUAGUGUGUGCUGAAAGUCAGUCUUCCAGAGGUGGAAAGCGAUCCUAGUUCCUCCCCCGUCAUGGUCUACAGAAACCCUUUGGUCUCAGAGAUCAUUAGGGCCAGUUCUACUAGGAUAAAUUUAUUUUUAAAUCUUAAAAUCACAAGAUUUUUAGGAAACAUGUGACUUAGCUCACUGGUGACCCCUGUGUGGAAAGGAUUUCAGCCACCAUCUACUUGCCUGUGCAUAUUUGGGUCUCACUGGGAGAAAAACCCUCCUCUGGUCUCCAGAGAGCUCCAGACUGUACCUACCAUUCUUUGUUCUCAAACACAGAGUCCAGCAGAGUAACUCUUCUCUUUAUUUUUAAGAUUAUGCUCCUCUCAGUAAGCCUUAGGCCUCAUCAUAAAAGGUUUAUAUGUAAUAUUUUUACAAGAGCUUCAUUCUUGACAUGUCUUUCCUUCCUUUUGAAUAACUUCAUCGAUGGAUGGCCAGUUCACAAUUAUGUUACAUGCUGGGCAACAUAGACAUUUCUCAGUACCUUUUACUGCUGCCUGAUUGGAAUGCGAUCAGAGCAUGAAAUCUCCGUCACCUGGACCCUUCCAUGUGCUUGUGGCCUCCUGUGCAGCCACGGGUGGGGGCAUAGGCUUCCAGUUGCUUCCUCCAUGUCCACUGUCAUCUUCCAUGUCAGAGGAACCCAUGUCCUAUUGGGGUUGUGAGGUGUACUGUUUUUAAAAAUCUCUUAGAGAUUUCCUUUCAAUAUUUCCUGCCUGUGUCACACAAUGUUGGUCACAUUGACAAAUAAGCAGAGGUUGCUGUGAGGGUUUCUGAGGAAAGCCUUGAGCAAGGGUCCUCCCUUCCUGGGUUCUUGUUACAUUCUUUACUGUUUCCUGUGUCUCACCAUGCAA